GUGUUCAUGUAUGCACCACCCUCUUCCUCUAUCACUGCCGGUGAUGGUGACACCAUCUCCCUCUCUCUCUCACUCUUGCUCUCUCUUGCUUGCUCUCUCUCUCUCUUACACACACGCACACGCACACACACACCACUGAAAAGUUAGAGCAAAGUCUCUCCGCUCCAACAGGCGACAACCGCUAACUGCAACUCCCCUGCUCCCAGGGCACUGGACUUAGCCUACCUCUCUCACUCUCUCUUUCACUCCCUCUCUCUCUCUCUCUCUCUCUCUCUCUCAGCCUCUCAUUCAAUCCAAAUCUCAGCACCCUCAGCUGUCAGAGAAGAGCCAGAGGAAUAGAGGAGAGCCCCUCCAGCACGGUUUGUCUCCCUCGCUCUGCCACUACUGUCUACACUCUCAGCCAGCAUGUCUACACUCUCAGCCAGCAUGUGGAUUGUGUUCUGCCUUGGACUCACCUUUGGAUUACUGGCCUCCUCCUGGGCGAGCCCCACUCAAGUUGCGAAGGUGAAGAGCUGUAGUCACAAGGGGGUAUUCUAUGUUCAGGGUGAUGAGCGUCACUCUUUGAAUUUUACUGAAGCCGAGGAGCUGUGCAAGGUUUUGGGUGCAACACUGGCCAGUGCUGAACAACUGAAUGCUUCUCACGCCACUGGCCUGGAGAUGUGCAGGUAUGCCUGGAUCAGUAAUGGAGACAUCGCCAUUGUUCGCCAGAAAUCAAACCCCUUGUGUAGAGCUGGCCUUACUGGAGUUAUCGUUUUCAAACCUACGGACCCUGGGUACGAUGCCUUCUGCUACGACAACACAGACGAUGAUAAAAACUGUAACAAUACAGUGAACCCUGGUGCUGCUGCUGAUCCUGUACCUAAACCAGACAACCACACGGCAGAAGAUCCAAGUGAUGCUGAACCUAAAACUGAAGAUCCAGAUGAUUCCUAUACGACUGCUGGCCCUGAAAUUAUCCCCACUGCCCCACACACCUCAGUAAGUGCUCACAAUGAGACAGAUGCAGAUGAAGAUGUUGAGACCACACAGUCUACUGUACUGGAGACCACUGAGCCUGCUGGAAACACUGAAGUCCAGAGCACAGCGAGCUAUGCUCAGCCUGAGCCCCAAACACAGCAGACCACAGAGGAGGAUGAAGCUGAAAAGAAGAUCACCACCAGAGUGCCUGUACAGGACACCCCAGGCUCAGGCAUGGGGGAAACACACAUGGAAACCCUGGAUCACACUGAAUACACACAGAGCACAUCAGGGCACCCGGCUGCCACAGAGGAGACCACCCAGAGUCCAACUACACCAGUCUCUGAAGAUGGCUAUGCUGGAUCAGUGGCUCCAGGUGUGGGUGGGAGAAUGAUGAUUCCAAAAGAAGAUGACAAGCCAAACAGUGGAUCAUCAGAUUGGCUGAUUGUUGUGGGCGUGAUUGUGGCUGUUGCUGCCAUUCUUCUGGUUUGUGCUGCUGUGGCAACAAGGAAAAGGUGGUGUGGAAAGCGUCAGACUCUGAUGAUCACCUCGAAGAGCAGCAGCGAGGGGAACGGGGCAGCAGCUUCAGUGGCCAGCUCUCGCGCCCAGGAGCGAGAGCAGGAGAUGGUCACGCUCAUGAACAAAGAGAAGAUCCAGGAGAACGGCAACACCGAGGAGUUCACUGUCAUCACUCUGGAGGAGUCGCCAGAGAAGAACCAAGAAGCAUGAGAAAGAGAGGGAGAUAUAGACAGAAAGAGUGAAAUAGAGAGAGAGAGAGAGAGAGAGAGAUAGAGAGAGAGAAAGAGGCAGGGUGUGAGAGAUGGAGGGUAUGGUUUAAAUAAAGAGAAGCUGGUAGCUGGUUGGUUUUGCACAUUGGUAGACUGGCCUGGGAAGCAAAUGGACACUCUGGUAGUGCUGGUGUGAUGGGAGUGGGAGUGUCUGCAAAGAUGGGGCCAGUGUUUUUCUUUAGUUUUUUUUUUGUCUUUUUGUAUGUGAUUAUUAAUUAAUGACAUUUUCUAUUCUAGAACUGUGCUGUUUUUUCCCCCUGUGACAAAAGGGAUAGAUCAACAAUGGCGUCAAUUUGUUUGAAUGUCAGGCAAAAAGAGAAAAAGCAGAAGCUCUCCACAGUCUCGACAAAGGAGAGAAAUCCUUUGUUGCUCCAGUAUUUCAAAGAUUAGCCUGUAGGGACAAGUCCAUGUCGUUCAGCUGAAUGUACCCGAAUUCACCAAUCCGAAGCUUACAGAGAUAAGACACAAUAAUUUAAAAGUGAGUAGGGCCAGGCCCCAAAAUCAGCACUUAAUUAAUUAAGUUAAUUAAGUUAUAAAAGGCAGAAACAUAUCUGCAAUGAAUGCUACCUGCAUACAACAGAAGCUGCCAGAUGCUAACAAUAUUCUUAUACAUAUAAUUUUCAUUAUAUUUAUAUACACUCAUCGUAAAAAAAAUUUAUAGUUGCACCCAGAAGGAAUCAACCUACAGGAAUGAAACUUGGUGGGUCGCUGUGCCAGACAUGCCAGUCAUGGAGUGAGUAAUAUUCAGUGACGAGUCCAAUGAGUUUCCCUUGACUGUGAAAAUGACCAACAAAUCUGUGUGUGGAGGCACCAUGAUGAACAACUUGUGGUUACACAUCACGUCAUGUCUAGAAGGCCUCGUGUCAUGCUUUUUUGGUGCAAUUUCGUACAAUUCCACAUUAUCUUUUGGACUUAAAUGCAGACUACUCUUUUGACAGCCCAGUGUUCCGUUAAUGAGGUCCUGCAACCAGUGGCCCUACCUCUAAUUUACUCAUUAGGACUCCCCCUAUCACUAGUGAUGCCCCAACACCAGGAGGGUGAAGAGUAGCACAUGCCUCCUCCAGUACAUGUGAAGUCAGUAAACACCAGCGCUCGGAGGAAAGCGCAGCGACUCGGUUCUGAUACAUCAGCUCACAGAUACCUAGUGCUGAGGACAUCACCCUUUGUAGUGAUGUGGGAAGAGAGUGCCAUCUACCCACCCAGAGAGAGAGAGCAAAGGUGAAUUGUGCUCCCUCAGGGCUCUGGCAGCUGAUGGCAAGCUACAUGAACAGGAUUCGAACAGGCGAUCUCCCGCUGGACCACUCUUAGCCGGCCCUACCUUUUCUGAACGUACACGCCAGUGCUCUGUUUUAAUAGGACAAUGCUUGUCCAUAUAUUGCUGCUGUCUUAAAAGCUUGCACUGAAGACAGAUGUUAUGCCAUGACCAGCUGCAUUACCAGAAUAAAAAUGUGUUGGAUGCUAUUGGACGUGCUAUCAACGCUCGAUGGCAUUGCAAUCAGUCACUUCCUUCUGAGCGCAACUAUUUCUGCGACUAUUUCUUUAACGAUGAGUGAAACUCUCACUGUUCUCUAGGUGUCAGUAUUCAUGCUGGUUUUAUUGCUGAAAUCUAAUUUAGUUUGACAAUCUAUUUACUAUGAUGCUCCAUACGAAUUAAUUUCAAAUCUAAACUUAUGGGUUUGGAGAAAUUCCUUUAAAAAUGUUACUGCAAUAUUAGGGAAUAUACGGUGUUAGGAUACACAGAGGGCGGGGUUCGAGGUUUGGGGAGGGGGAUGUAAAACUGUAAAUAUGAGUCUGGCAGUAAUUAGUGCUGGACUUUUCUCUGCUGUGGGUGAUGAGAAAAAAACACACACACAAACAAACAGCAAGCAAAUGCAGAAGACUGCCAGUGGAUAGAGGUGUGUCAUUUUGAGUGGACAGGGAUGAUGCAGGCCGCUGAUGUGUGUUUUGAAGUUGUUAUGUAUCUUUCUCUUAUUUUUCUUUCAAUUAUAACCUUAUAUGUUUUUUCUUUGUUUUGUUUCAUUUUUGUUCUGUUUACUGUUUGUUUUGUUUCAUUUUUGUUUUCCUGUGGAUUGGGAUGUAUGCAUUUGUUUUUUCUUUUAAUGGAAUAAAAUGUUGCUACUUUAAUUUAUGCUUUUUUGAAUGUUGUGUGUGUAUAUACCAUUGCUUGUUUAUCAUAGCUUUUAAAAGUCGAUGUCCAGAGAAUAGAUUUAUUCCAAACAUUCCUUCAUCUUUCUCUUACUGUCAUAUUAAUUGCCUUAAUUAGUUUAAAUAUAAACUCAUUUUUGGCUCAUGUUGAUGAUGCAAUGUUUAAGAACUCACCACUGAUUUGUUUGUAUUUUUAAAACCGUGAAUGUAUAGUAUUAAAGAACAUGCUGGAAGAGAAGUAGUCCAGGAAAUGCUAUCAUAGAUUCAUGCAACAUCACUCUUGUCUUUCAUAUGCAAUUUACAAUAUUUCUGUUUACUUUGAUGAGAGUUUAGCAUAAUUUGGUUUAAAAUACGGAUAGCGGCGUGUGAUCUUCUUUGCGAAUAAUGCAGGACGUGAUGGUUCAUAAAGUAGUAGAAUUGAAUGAUUCUGCUUCUGCUUAUUCUUGAGUUAUAUCCUGCAGCGUCUCCACAGCAAAUAUAAAUCUUUCCAUGCAUAAUCUUUCAGAUUUGCUUUCCCUUUUUUUUUCAUUUUUUCAAAUCUGUGUGAAAUAUAAUCAAAUGGGAAAAAGGACAUUUCUCCAUUUUUUUUUUUCAUUCUGUCUUUUUGUGACAUGCAUCUCUUGGACUUGUUCAGUUUGAUAAAGAUUAGCAUUAGAAUAUGAACAUUAGUAGUAGUGAUAGGAGUGUGUAAAGAGUGUGAAUAAUGAUUAAAUAACACAUGAUUGUCAGUUACCAAAAUCAAUUUGUGAAGUCCCGGAUGGAAUAAAAAGGUAUAGAUGUUUUA